AUGGCGGGUGACUUUCGAGCUGAGGCCAAAGAACUGGAUCAAUGGAUCGAUCAACUGUAUGAAUGUAAUCAGCUAACGGAAGCACAAGUUAAGUCCCUUUGUGAAAAAGCUAAGGAUAUCCUCACAAAGGAGUCAAAUGUUCAAAAUGUACGAAGCCCAGUCACUGUCUGUGGUGAUGUACAUGGUCAGUUUCAUGAUAUGAUGGAACUAUUUCGCAUUGGAGGAAAGUCUCCGAAUACCAAUUACUUAUUCAUGGGUGAUUAUGUUGAUCGUGGGUACUAUUCUGUUGAAACUGUUACUUUACUCGUGGCCAUGAAGGUUAGGUUCAAAGACCGAAUAACUAUCCUUCGGGGCAAUCAUGAAAGUCGUCAGAUCACACAAGUUUAUGGAUUUUAUGACGAGUGCCUUCGCAAAUACGGUAAUGCUAAUGUUUGGAAAUACUUUACCGACUUGUUUGAUUAUCUCCCACUAACUGCACUCGUUGACAAUUCAAUAUUUUGCUUACAUGGUGGUCUGUCACCUUCGAUAGAUACACUCGAUCAUAUUAGAGCUUUGGACAGGAUUCAAGAGGUUCCCCAUGAGGGUCCAAUGUGUGACUUAUUGUGGUCCGAUCCAGAUGAUAGGGGUGGUUGGGGUAUCAGUCCACGUGGUGCUGGUUAUACAUUUGGACAGGAUAUUUCAGAAACGUUUAAUCACAGUAAUAAUUUAACCUUAGUCAGUCGAGCACAUCAGUUAGUUAUGGAAGGCUUUAACUGGUGUCAUGAUCGAAAUGUUGUCACUAUAUUCAGUGCUCCAAAUUAUUGUUAUCGAUGUGGUAAUCAAGCAGCUUUGAUGGAACUGGAUGAUAAUUUGAAAUAUAACUUUUUGCAGUUUGAUCCCGCACCACGUAGAGGUGAACCACAUGUAUCAAGGCGUACCCCGGACUACUUCUUAUGA